AUAAACUAGUGAUUUCUUUUUACUUAGUAAAUGCCCCAGUACUAGCAAUAUACGCUAAAAAGUUUUUUAGAGAUAAAACUCUACAUCCGAUUAUCAUGAAAACAAAUCUCAGAGAACAGUUGACUAGGUACUGAUAUUCGAUUAGACCAAAGGUUCAUUUUGCUCCAGAGUUCUCCUUUAAUAUAAUUUAAAAAACAUUAAACUGUCAUAAAAAAAUUAAGUCACUGGGUCACAUCAGCAGCUUUGUUGACAUUUAGCCUUCUUAUUAAAAUCUGGCACACUGUAAACUGCAGUUAUCAAGGAUAGAAGCAUCACACACAAGUUCUCAAUUCCGCUGAACCGUUUAAUUAUUACCUCAUCAUUUGAAUCAAUAGCGGUUGAAACCCACAUACAUGCCGAGCAGACAGUACAACUGUCUAUCUGCUUAAAUAAUGGAUUUGGUGAUCCUGUUAGUAUGCUUUCUAAAAUAUAAAAUCAAGUCAAUUUGGGUAUAAAAUUAAAGCCAUUCUAUGUGAGGUAGAGGGUUGUUAAGGAUGUUGGUAAACUCUAAUGCUGCCUUGCUGGAUUUGGUGAUCUGCAGCCGUUAGACAACCUGACAAAUUAUUUUUAAAAUGCAGAGAGAAGUUUUUACUGUGUGAACACCAGACCUAAAAGCUAAUCUACUACGACCAGCACAGCGCCUUUUAACUGGCCUUUUAACUUCUUUGUGUUCCAAAUAAAGGUAUAUCCUUUUAUGACUCACAGGUACCAACUCUCUAUGGACAGUAAAGAAGAUAACAGCUCAAAGUGGGGGAUCUGUCACCAUUCCCUGUCACUACCAUCUCCUGCACAAAGACCUUCCUAAGUUCUGGUGCAAAGGAAAAAACUGGAUAACCUGCUUGACAAUGCAUCCUACCAACCAAGAGAAGCGAACCGGCAUUAGCUUUUACAACAGCCCAGAUGAACUGGUAACAACCAUGACGAUGACAAACCUACGCAGAAGUGAUUCAAACCGCUAUUGGUGUGCCGUGAGGAAGCCAGGUUCCAAUGUUAGAACAUCUUUAGAACUAACCGUCACUGAGGGUACUCCAGAUCUGUCAGUGGCCAGCAAUAGGGUGUCAGGUGAAGAGGGCGGCAAUGUUACCGUCCAGUGUCUUUACAGUGACAAACUUAUAGAUGAGGAAAAAAAAUGGUGCAGAAGUGGAGAUUUACGCUCUUGUCAAACGGCUCAAGAUUUAGAGCCAUCCCACGGUGCAGCGCUACAGAUAAAUGAUACAAAUGAUGGGGUUUAUACAGUGACACUGACUGGACUGAAGUGGACAGACGCGGGCUGGUUUUGGUGUAUGGCUGGGGAAGUGCAGGCUCCUGUUCAUAUCAAAGUAAAUUCAAGGCAACUCAUUACAGAUGCCAACACAACACCAUUCUUCACUUCAGCUAUGGAUGUACACAACCAUAAUUCAAUCACACCUCCUAUACCCGCAAAACCAAAAUUACCAGAAAGCACUUUGAUUCAGACUGCAAGUCCUGGCCAGGCAUCUACAACAUCACCAAAGAAAGUUUAUUCUACGAUACAGUCCUCAUCCUAUCAAACCACAACGGAGAACUCAAAAGAGAACCCUUCUCACAGCAGUGGUACAGUUACGACUCCACUAACCACAUCAACAUCUCCAUAUGUUAAUGGUAACUCUAUAGUUACUGUUGACCUAAUGAAAACCACUUAUGAAAGCAGACAUCUUAAUCGGGUGAUUGCGCUAGUGUGUGGAGCAGUGCUUAUAUUAUUUGUGUUUUUUGGAGUUUCUUGGAAACUGUGGUCAUGGAAUAAAAAGGCCGCCACAAGAGAGGAAGCAACAGAAAAAACAACAGACCUGCAUGAAAACGACAGAGAUGAUCUACUGGCCAAUGAAUGGACUAAUACUUCAGUUGUGCAGUUCAGCACAGACUCAAACUCUGUCCUAAUAACAUAAUCUGUUGUACAGUUGAGACUACUGAAACACAAAGAUGGAUUUAAAACAUGUAUGUAUUUUCUGACAUGUAUUUUUCAUGUUUAAAGUUCAUUAUUGUAUGUGCAACAUUUCAGCCAUAGAUUAAUUAUAAAUGUUAGCUAUAUUAUGUUCACCACAUGUCUAGCGAUGUAUGUUUGUGCUAAAAUGGUUUGUCGUGAAUAAACAUUUAUGUUUUUUGAGUUGA